AUGCGCGAACAAAUUUGUGGAACAGUAUUAUAUCUCAUCAUCACGGCGGUCUUAACUGCCUGCUGUUGCCUCCGCCACUACGAUUCACACGCCUACACCCUAUCUGACCGUGAUGUUGGUUUGAAAGCGACCGAACCAAACGGUCCUAUUCGAUUUCGCUCCAAACCCCAUCCGGUCGCAAAGAGCAAUGGCACGGCCAAAUACACUUUGUUUCGCGUCAGCAACAGUAAGACAGAACUGAGAUUUACAUGCGGUUCGACGAUCAUAUGGACCCUGAAGGUGAAUACUCGGUUCAAAGAUUAUCUACAAGCAUUAUUGUCAACUCUUGUCUGGUUCUUUAAUAAAAUAGUACAGUUGACUUUGAAGGAUCGAAAUACUCGAACAUUGCCUGCCAAGCAUGAUUAA